AUGGAUAAUUUUGAUGUUUCCCUAUAUGCUCAAUACAAGUCAAGUGCUAGGACGGUGAGGAAAGAUAAGCCACGUGGGCGUCAUCAUGGUCUCACUCAACAGAAGAGGCAAGAGAUAAAGGAAGCUUUUGAACUGUUUGACACUGAUGGCUCAGGAACUAUUGAUGCCAAGGAGUUGAAUGUUGCUAUGAGGGCUCUGGGUUUUGAGAUGACCGAAGAGCAAAUCAAUCAAAUGAUUGCGGAUGUUGACAAGGAUGGAAGUGGUGCCAUUGAUUUCGAUGAAUUUUGUCACAUGAUGACUGCUAAAAUCGGAGAAAGAGACACUAAGGAAGAAUUAAUGAAAGCAUUUCGUAUAAUCGACCAAGAUAAUAAUGAACACUAAUGUCCCUGUCUUCCCUGAAGAAGUAUGUGUCACCUAGUUGGGGGCAACCAUUUGUAGGAGCUAGCAUUUUGGCAGUUUCAGGGAAUGGAGCUAGCAUUUGGAGAGAGGCUGAACUUGAAUCUUGGGACGACAAACUCAAUAAAGGCCUGGUUGUAUUUCGUGACGGUGGAAGCUCAGAGACGGUGGGGGCAGAAGCAAUGUCAUUAUCAUUCGAGUGACAGAUCGAAGUAGACUGAUCAUAAGACUCUACGAAGGCUUGCUCAGAACCGUGAGGCAGCAAGGAAAAGCCGGUUGAGGAAAAAAGUCUACACUCCGAGGAUUGCGCCUUAUGCGAGGAAUUUGAUGUGGUUCGUGAGCAAUGGGCCAAGUUUUUUACCAGCAAGUAUUUAUUAUUGGCUUUAGCGCGCUUGAUCGAGUUGGUUUAGUUGUUAUAGAAUAAAUUUUAUAUUAAAAUGUAUGUUUAUGUUGAAAUUGGAACAUAUAUUUAAAUGUAAUAUGUGCACUUAAUUUGGUUUUGGGAUAUAUAGUAUACAAAACUCCAGUUGUUGUUUUUA